GGUUGUGCGUCAAGUCCAACGAUGAUGGGAAAUCUAUGCAGGAGAGUUUUUAAAAGUGGAAAAGCCAUUGCACUGGGCCAGUUCCACUCACUUAACCUUGGAAGUCAGAGUCAUCUGGUAUGAACAAGCAUCACAAUUAGAGUCUUCUUUGGUUGCAGUGGCUGACCAUGAUUUCUCCUGUGGCUUGCUAGGCUCCAUGGAAUGUUGCAGACCACCGUCCUGGCCGUUGGUUCUCAUCGUAGAUCUCAACCACACAUUCCACCGGAGCUGACUUUGCAUACUAGGAAAGGCAUGUCCCUAUCUCACCCUGUGGGGCAUGAGGCUGCCUUCAGAUUCAAAGUGAAAAAAAUCCAAAGAUUCAAAGGGCAUUUAUUAUCAAAGAAUUCACAGUAAUACAAGAAAAACAAUAGAACCAAUGAAAGACCUCACCCAACAGGACAGAUGAACAACUGAUCUGCAAAAGUCAGCAAAUUGUGCAAAUACAAAAAGAAAGCUGUGCGACAACAAAGGUUAUACGCACAGGAGAAUUUACCACGCGGCUGUGCUCCACGCAGCUUAGAGAGAACACUGCACGUAUCCCACGAUCUCUUUGAUUAACUACCUUCUGGAAGGAGGUACACGAGUGUGAAGACCAGGACUGCCAGACUGGGUAACAGCUUCUUCCCUCAGGCUGUGAGACGAGUGAAUACUCUGCCACCACCAAGGUCUCAUCACUAGGAAAGAGUUCAGCAUCGAACCGUUGCCCCCUUAAUUUCUCCAUCAGUAUCAGCUGAAAACAAUACUUUAAUCCCAAGAAAAUGUCUGCGACAUCUUCACUGACAUCUUCCAUGCUUUGCAUUCAUUGUGGACGCCAAGGUUCAAAUCAAUGUUCACGGUGUAAGCAAGCAUAUUGUUCAUUUAAGUGCCAGAAGACUGAUUGGCCAGUUCACAGACUUCUUUGUAAACCUCCAAAGCCACUUAAACCUGAGGAUCACCUGAGGUUACUCAAAGAAAUGAUGCUCCUGGACAACAAGCAGGCUAAAUCUUCUCAGUGCAUAAAAACCAAGAACAUGGCAAAAAAAAUUAAGUUAAAUGACCUGAGAUUCAAAGAAUUGCCAAAGGAAUCAAAGUUGCAGGUUGUUGUUACAGAAUUCAAAGACCCAACUGAGUUUUAUGUGCAAGUUCUCACUCCAGAAAAUUUUGAGACUUUAAGAACAAUUGACUUAUCACUCGUGGAGGUGUUUGCCAAUAUGAAUCACCUGGAUGACUACAUACCAGAUGAAGGAGAAAUAUGUGCAGCAAAAUUUUCAAGGGAUCAGAAGUGGUAUAGAGCAUUAGUCCAGGAUGUGAAUGUUGCACAGAAGAUGGCCAAUGUUUUGUACAUUGAUUAUGGAAAUGGAGAAAUUGUUCCACUAGACAAGAUUCAGCGACUGGACAUUGAGAUGGCUCUUUCACCACCUUGUGCAAUGAAAUGCUGUGUUGCAAAUAUCCCAAAAUGCACCAGAUGGGAUGAAGAGUACAUUUCAUCAAUCAAACUUCAACUUUUACAGAAACCUUGCUCCAUGACUAUCAUUGAGAAAGUGGGUAAUCUGUCCUGUACUGCUGUGGAACUCAUAAUGCCUUCUGGAAAGUUAUUACAAAAGAGCAUAUUAGAGUAUGCCGCAAAUCAAGAUGAUGAAACCAAGAUUUCAGGUUUAGAAGGGAAGACUGACCUCGGCAGUGUGGCUAUGGUUUCAUAUUUUUUCACAAUGGAAUGCACUGAAAAGCAAGGACAAGAUGACCUCACAAAGCUACUUCAUAAAAACAAUGGAGAACAUAAAUCUGGAGAGAACAUAUUAUCUUCAUUGUGUGUUGAAGAUGUUGACGAUGUUGCUGUCAUUGUAUCACAUGUUGAAACACCAAGCAACUUCUUCUGUCAGCAGCUAGUUAAUAGAUAUGAGUUUCAAAAACUACAAGAAGCAUUGACUGAAUAUUGUCAUAACUUGACUCCUGUAUCAAGUUAUAGACCAUCAGUUGAAGAAAUAUGCUGUGCCCAAUUCACAGAGGAUCACAACUGGUACAGAGCUGUUGUGAUACGUUACUUCCCUGAGGAUAUUGCUCUGGUGGGAUAUGUAGAUUUUGGAAAUGUUGAAAAGCUUCAUUUGAGUCACCUACGUCCAAUCAAAGAAGAACUGCUAGAAUUGCCAAAUCAGGCAUUGAAAUGUGCUUUGGCUGAUGUAAAGCCAUUGCAUGAUACUUGGUCUUUGGAUGCCAUAUUAAAGAUGAAAAGUCUGGUGAUGAAUAAAUGUCUAAAAUCCAAGACUGUAGCAAAGAAAGAGAACAUCUCAAUUGUGGAACUUGUAGAUGAAACAACAAAUCCCAUUAUUAAUGUCAGUGAACAGUUAAUUGCUGCAGGGAUGGCUGUUAAAAAUGUUGAACAAGUAACUCCCAUUUUGGAAAACAAAACAUUGGUUAGAAGUAAAAUGCAUGCAAAGUUGUGGAAGACUGUGGAGCUGCCAUUGAACUGUAUAGUACCCAUUAAGGUGAAAGAAAUAAUCAGUCCUGAAUUUGUCUUUGUUCAUGUUAUUGGCACUCAAGAUUGGAAUAAAUUAUGCUCAUUGAAUAUUGAGUUGAAUGAACAAUGUAGAGCUCAACCAGAUAAUUCUGUAUUCAAGCCUGAAGCUGGUGAUGCUUGUUGUGUAAGACUUUCAGAUGACAAUUGCUGGCAUCGUGCAAUUGUACUGAAUUGUUGUGGAUCAGUAUUGAAAGUCAUCUGUGCAGAUUAUGGAAAUGUGGAAACUGUACCUCUUGAAAGGGUAAAAUAUAUUAAACCAGAACUGUUGGAACAUCCAGUUCAAGUUGCAAAGUUUUCACUAGCAGAGCAUUGUGGGCAUGCUGUAUGGCAAUUCUUGCAGGUUGACACCCCCCCACUCGAUCUCCCACAUCCCCAUCACCACAACCACAUCCUUCAGUUAUAUGUUGAACCAGAAUUUGAUGAGUGGACUCCUGCAACCAGCAACUUCCUCAGAACUCUUCUGCUCGAUAAAAAUGUUUUGGCAACUAUUAGGGAAUUCGAUGGAAAUGUACACAUUGUUGAAUUGAUUGGGUAUUUUGAAGGUGCUGCCAUUAAGGUAUCUGAUAAGUUGGUAUCGGAAGGUCUGGCUAAAUCCUCUGAGGAAUCAACUAAAGAAGUUCACACUCAGAGAAGUUGCUGUUGCCGAAAUCUUCAGAGCAGUGUGGAAGAAAUCAAGCAACAACUUGCAGUGCUAAUGAACAAAAAUAAUGCAACUAUUAUGUGAUAAAAAUGAAGAUAAGUCUACAUUUCAUUGAAAGAAUAUUUAAAUAUUGUCCUUUGGCAUGUACAGAACAAUUAUAAAGAAAGCCCAUUUUCAUUUAUUUUAUGUUCUUUAUAUAUGCUGUAUUAUUUCUUAGAAGUUUAAAACCUGUUUGAAAGCAAAGCCAAGGUGAAGGAAAUGAAAAGCAAUUGUAUAUUAGGAAAAAGGGCGUAUUUACAGAUUAUUCAGCAAUUUUAACCUGUCAGAAAGAGAAAUCAUUCCUUCAUUGACCAUAGCCAGAAAAAUCUUUAUAGUAAUCAGAUCUUAAUAAAGCACAUUGUCAUCUCCUUGAUACCUUCCUCAGUUGAGAAUACCUGGUUACAUUUAUGGAGCGCAUCAUCCAACAUGUUUUGGAUGGUGCGAUGAGCAACUGUAACAUUAUUGUUUUUACUUAGCACAUUCAGUCAUUCAAUGUCUUUCAAAGAAUAUUGUCAUAAUAGAAACUGCAAUUCAAUAUUUUCACAACUUCAGGGUGUACCAAGUCUUUACAGUCUAUGAAAUACUUUUGAAGUAUGGUACUGUUAUAAUCUACUUUUGGUUGAUUUUUUUUUAUUAUGAUAUUGCUGCACUGAAAUGCCAGUCUAAGUUGCACUGGCAUUGCCACUUAAUGGUAUUUCUUUAUAACAUGGGUUAUUUUGACUUAUUCUGUCCAUGCCAACUCGGUGAGCAGUCCCAUUCCCUCUUUUUCCCAGUAACCUACUUUUCCACAUUGCCCACAACUCUCCGAAGAUUUUACCUCUUGGGUAUAUACUAGGGACAAUUUACAGUGGCCAAUUAACCUACCAGUCUGCAUCUGUGGGACAUGGGAUGAAAUCUGUGAGUCCCCAGAACAUGCAAACUCCAUAUAGACAGCAGCUUAGGUCAGGAAAUCAGAGCUGUAAGGCAGCAGCUCUAACAGUGGGACCAUGGUGUUUGAUUAAAUGCAGAUUUCAGAUCUGAGGUCUGCUUGAUCAUUGUUGUUAUAACCUGAGCCUGUUUGGUGUUUUACAGCGGUGAUGCCACUGAAUGGACACUUUUUUGACCUCUGUUAAAUUCUACAUAACACCAUUUGAAAUUUUAGUUAUAAUUCAUAAUGAACCAGGGCAAAGUUCAAAUUUCAAUGUGGUUACUUUUUUAGAAAUAAUUCUCAAAGGUAGUCUUCCUAGAAGCUACUUCUGCCUGAGAACUUUGCAAUUCGGCUGCACUGUCCACCAGAUCGUAGCUUUGUAGUAUUGCAUCCUGUUAUUAGGAAGAUAGUGGAAGCAAGCUUCUCAGCAUUCAUGAUGCCCAAUGUAAGUCUUCCUUACACCUAUUCAGUUUUAGGAAGGAUUUUUCAUUCUCGUAAUACUAAAUUCCAGUAAGACAGAGCUAAUUGUGCUUUAAAGAUCAAUAAGCAUAAAAAAGGAAAAAUGAAAGGGAAAUUAAAUGUGAACUGUCUUGCCAUAUUUGUAUCACACAAAGAAUUCCAUAAUGGGUUAUAUUUUUCUUUAUCUGUUUGCUUUGUGACUUCAUUUAACCAUGUGAACUGCUCAGUGUUUUUUCUGCUGCUAAUGUGAUUUGUACAAUUAAAAAUGGAACUAUUACUCAUUAAAAUAUGACCUAAUAUUGAA